AAUUUGUCCCUACUUUCCGAAGCUUAUAGAGAAAUACUACUUGAAAGGGAAGGCAGAGAUUCGGAUAGAAGCAAAGCACCCUAACUUCAAAAUCAAAAUCAUAGCUUAUUUCACGGUCGGAGCUGCCGUUUAUCUGAAACAUGGGAAAGAAGCGACAAAAGCAAGGAGAGCUGCAAAAACAGAACCCUAAUGUUGCUGAAGCCACGAGGAUUCGUAUAUCCCAGAUACUGGAGAAGUUUCGCGAAGCAAGAGAUGAAGUGUAUUCAUUUGAAGCCAACUUGUCUAAUCAUGAACGAGCAGUGGUGCAUGAAGUGUGUCGAAAAAUGGGUAUGAAAUCUAAAAGCUCCGGGCGUGGAAAUCAACGGCGUGUCUCUGUUUACAAAACUAAAAAGCAGACUGAGGCUGUGAUUGGGAGGGAUGGUCUCACGUGUGUGAAAUUUUCAGAAGAGGCAAAAGUUGUUUUGCAGGACUUAUUUGCACGUUAUCCACCUGACAAUGAUGAACUUGGAAAGUAUGGUGGAAAGAUUGAUAAAUUACGACGAAAGAAGGAUGAUAUUUUCUGUAAGCCAUUAAUGAACAAGGCAGAGAUUUCAAGGAAAGCAGAAUUGCUUGCUUCUAGGAUAGAAAGCACUAAAAACUUGAGACAGAUUGUUGAGGUGAGGUCAAAGCUUCCAAUUGCAUCUUUCAGGGAAAUCAUUACAUCCACAGUAGAAUCUCACCAGGUUGUACUUAUUUCUGGUGAGACCGGCUGCGGAAAGACCACUCAGGUUCCACAGUUUCUUUUGGACAAUAUGUGGGGUAAGGGUGAAGCUUGUAAAAUUGUGUGUACUCAACCUCGACGUAUCUCUGCAACAUCAGUUUCUGAGAGGAUUGCUUAUGAAAGGGGAGAAAAUGUUGGAAAUGAUAUUGGAUACAAGAUUCGCUUGGAAAGCAAAGGUGGUCGCCACUCUUCAAUUGUGUUCUGCACAAAUGGUGUUCUAUUGAGGGUGCUGGUUUCAAAAGGCAGCAGUAGGUUCAACAUAGAAGCUUCUAAUAACCAUGCAAAGCCAGAUGUUUCUGACAUAACUCACAUUAUUGUGGUAAUUAACUUGCUUUUCCCAGGGUUCACUUAUCCUGUCAAAACUUUCUUUUUGGAGGAUGUACUUUCUAUCCUUAAAUCUGCAGAAAAUAAUCACCUUAGUUCUGGCACUUUAAGUGUCUCAAGUGAAGACUUUGAACUAACAGAGGAAGAUAAAAUUGCUUUAGAUGAGGCUAUUAUUUUGGCUUGGAAAAAUGAUGAGUUUGAUCCACUUCUCGAUUUGGUUUCUGGUGAAGGAAAUCCGAAGGUGUAUAAUUACCAGCAUUCUUUGACUGGGUUAACACCAUUAAUGGUAUUUGCUGGAAAGGGUAGAGUAGGUGAUGCUUGCAUGCUCCUCUCUUUUGGUGCAGACUGCCAUUUGCAGACCAAGGAUGGAAAAAGUGCUUUGCAGUGGGCGGAGCAGGGAAAACAAGAAGAGGCUGCUGAAAUAAUAAAAAAGCACAUGCAAAGCACCUGUUCUGAUUCGAUGGAACAACAACAAUUGCUUGAUAAAUAUUUAGCAACAGUUGACCCAGAAAUUAUUGAUGUUGUUCUUAUAGAGCAGUUGAUAAGGAAAAUAUGUACUGAUUCAAAUGAUGGAGCCAUCCUUGUUUUCCUUCCAGGGUGGGAGGAUAUAAAUAGAACUCGAGAGAGAUUGCUGGCUAAUCCUUUCUUCAAAGAUUCUUCCAAAUUUGUUAUCAUUUCUCUCCAUUCAAUGGUUCCAUCUGCUGAACAAAAGAAGGUCUUUAAACGCCCACCUGUGGGCUGCCGCAAAGUUGUUCUUUCAACCAAUAUUGCUGAAAGUUCUAUUACAAUUGAUGAUGUUGUCUAUGUUAUAGAUAGUGGCCGAAUGAAAGAAAAAAGUUAUGAUCCUUAUAAUAAUGUAUCAACUCUUCAGUCUUCAUGGGUCUCCAAAGCAAAUGCCAGGCAGCGAGAAGGGCGUGCCGGGCGAUGUCAGCCUGGAAUUUGUUAUCACCUUUAUUCAAAACUUAGAGCGGCUUCUUUGCCAGAUUUCCAGGUUCCUGAAAUCAAGAGAAUGCCAAUUGAGGAGCUCUGCUUGCAGGUGAAGUUGCUUGAUACAACUUGCAAAGUAGAGGAAUUCUUGAAAAAAAUGUUGGACCCUCCAGUUUCUGAAACUAUUUGUAAUGCAGUCACUAUUCUUCAAGAUAUUGGGGCUUUUUCUCUUGAUGAGGAACUGACAGAACUUGGGGAGAAGUUAGGUCAUCUUCCUGUUCAUCCAUUAACAAGCAAGAUGCUUUUCUUUGCCAUAUUGAUGAACUGCCUUGACCCAGCUUUAACAGUAGCAUGUGCCUCUGACUUUAGGGAUCCAUUCACUCUUCCUAUGCUACCAAAUGAAAAAAAGAAGGCUGCUGCUGCUAAAUAUGAGCUUGCAUCAUUGUAUGGUGGGCAAAGUGAUCAGCUGGCAGUCAUAGCUGCUUUUGAGUGCUGGAAGAAUGCGAAACAAAGGGGUCAAGAAGCACGAUUCUGUUCUCAGUAUUUUGUCUCAUCAAGUACCAUGAAUAUGCUGCUUGGCAUGCGUAAACAGCUCCAAACCGAAUUAAUUAGGAAUGGAUUCAUUCCAGAUGAUGUCUCUAAUUGUAGUCUGAAUGCACAUGACCCUGGUAUACUCCAUGCCGUCCUUGUGGCUGGUCUGUAUCCAAAUGUGGGGAGGUUGCACCCACCUUCAAAAGGUGCAAGACGAUUUCUUAUAGAGACAACCAGCGGUGCUAAAGUUAGGUUGCACUCUCAGUCAAUUAAUUUUAAAUUAUCAUUUAAGAAUACUGAUGAUUGCCCUUUGAUCAUUUAUGAUGAGAUUACACGUGGUGAUGGAGGUAUGCACAUAAGGAACUGUAGUGUUGUUGGGCCACUCCCUUUGUUACUGCUUGCGACAGAGAUUGCUGUGGCUCCUGCUAAUGAUAAUGACAACAGUGAUGACAAUGGUGAUGAUGGAAGUGAUGAUGAUGAUGGUACGGAUGACGAUGAUAGUGAAGAAGAUGUCAUGGAGAUGGUUAACAAGUCAGGUGCGCAACAAGGAGAGAAGAUCAUGUCUUCUCCUGACAAUUCCAUUACAGUGGUUGUGGAUCGGUGGCUAUCUUUUGGAUCAACAGCCCUUGAUGUUGCUCAAAUCUACUGUUUGAGAGAGCGGUUGUCUGCGGCAAUCUUAUUCAGAGUAACACAUCCACACCAAGUUCUUCCUCAAGUUCUUGGGGCCUCUGUUUAUGCAGUGGCCUGCCUUCUAUCUUAUGAUGGGCUAUCGGGUGUCUUGUAUCCAGCAGAAUCUGUGGAAUCACUGACAUCAAUGGUACUAGCUACUGAAAUUGACAAAUCAGUUUCAGGGAGGAGAGGUACGUUUCAGAAUCCAAGUGGCUUCCUUAGAUCACUUAUGAGCCCUGGUGCAUGCCAGGACUCCCCUGUACAAUGCCAGAAAACUAAGGUAACUGCACCCAAGAAUGCAUCAAGCAGGACGCAAGUUGUAAGCCAUGAUCUACAUGCUUCAGCUGGUUCAGUUGGUACCAGCCCUAAUCAGCCUCCAUCCCAGGGCCACACACCAGUUGGCAUGCGAUCAGGCUUUUCUAAGUCAUAUGGUCCUAGGGGAGAGUCUUUUAAGCGGCAGCGUGGGAAAAGGCCCAAGUAGGAAUUCUGGUAAGAACUUUUUAUCUAAAUUCUGCUGACAAGAAGAUUAAUACGGAAUUAGCUAAGGUAUGCGCUAUAUACCAUAGAGUAGUGAGUUGGGUUUUGGAAUAUAGGUCUGGUUCCUUCAAUAGAAUUUGUUUUCAGAAAUUACAUGCUAACAUGUUUUAGGAAAGUAGUUGCAGGAAACUCUGAAAUUUUCUCGCUGUCUGUGUUAUCCUGUACAUAUGAAACUGUUCCAGCCAAAUUACUUACAAUGUGAAGUUUUAUCCUGCUAACAAUGUGUUCGGUAUUCAAUUGACAUAGA